GCCUGCCGUUAAGAUUGAUCCAUGCUAACAUAUUCCCUUUGUUGUGAUUAGCCGGUUAGCGGUUACUAUUCUUCUUGAAAUAACUCAAAUUGGAAAAAAGUUUCUGUUUAUAUUGUUUGGAGGAUGAGUGGCGGAGUGUAUGGAGGCGAUGAGGUGGGAGCGUUGGUGUUUGACAUUGGCUCAUACUCUGUAAGAGCCGGCUACGCAGGAGAAGACUGUCCCAAGGCGGACUUCCCCACAGUGAUCGGUGUGACCCUUGACCGAGAAGAUGGCAGCACACCAAUGGAGACUGAUGCUGAUAAUGACAAGCAGAGUGGGACCACCUACUACAUUGAUACCAACCAGCUGAGGGUACCAAGGGAGAACAUGGAGGUCAUGUCUCCACUGAAGAACGGCAUGAUUGAGGACUGGGACAGUUUCCAGGCCAUAUUGGAUCACACCUACAAGAUGCACUUCAAGUCUGAACCCAGCCUGCAUCCAGUACUCAUGUCAGAAGCAUCGUGGAACACACGAGCAAAACGAGAGAAACUCACAGAGCUGAUGUUUGAACAUUACAACAUUCCUGCCUUUUUCCUCUGCAAAUCUGCCGUGCUAUCUGCCUUUGCCAAUGGGCGGUCAACGGGUUUGGUCCUGGACAGUGGAGCCACACACACCACAGCAAUUCCAGUGCACGAUGGCUACGUCCUGCAGCAAGGGAUUGUCAAAUCCCCCCUGGCUGGAGACUUCAUGAGCAUGCAGUGCAGGGAGCUUUUUCAAGAAUUAAGUGUUGAAAUCAUCCCGCCUUACAUGAUUGCUUCGAAGGAUGGAGUGCGGGAGGGAUCCCCAGCUAGCUGGAAGAAGAAGGAGAAGCUGCCUCAAGUAACCCGCUCGUGGCACAACUACAUGUGUAAUUGUGUGAUCCAGGACUUCCAGGCGUCUGUGCUGCAGGUGUCUGACUCCCCUUAUGACGAACAGGUUGCUGCCCAGAUGCCCACGGUACACUAUGAGCUGCCAAACGGAUACAACUGUGACUUUGGGGCUGAGAGGCUGAAGAUCCCUGAGGGGCUGUUUGACCCCUCUAAUGCCAAGGGCUUGUCUGGAAACACCAUGUUGGGAGUUGGUCAUGUGGUGACAACCAGCGUGGGAAUGUGUGACAUCGACAUCCGGCCGGGUCUCUAUGGCAGUGUGGUGGUGACGGGAGGAAACACGCUCAUUCAGGGCUUUACAGACCGACUCAACAGAGAACUCUCCCAGAAAACUCCUCCUAGUAUGAGGCUGAAGUUGAUAGCCAACAACACAACAGUGGAGCGUCGGUUCAGCGCCUGGAUUGGAGGCUCCAUCUUGGCAUCACUCGGAACCUUCCAGCAGAUGUGGAUCUCCAAACAGGAGUACGAAGAAGGAGGAAAGCAGUGUGUGGACAGGAAGUGUCCUUGAGUUUGUCCCCUAUCCCUUCCCAUCACGGUCUUUGCCAAUAUAUUAUCACAAGUCGUUCAACUCUGACCCUGAACUCAGGAACGCCUACUGAUGAUCACCCUUGUUUUGUACGAUUCGUUUUUUUAAAAAGUAUGUCCAAAUGUCUGUCUAGGAUUUCUUGUGAAAACAGACAUGCACAUUAAGUAAAAACUGUCACUAUGAUGAAACUUGGUUUUAGUUCAUUUCAGUCUGUUGCCUUAUUUUUUAAGAUUGUUUGUCUUUUUUUAAUCCUUACAUCUUAAAAUAUUAGGUUUUUUCUGGACCUGACAGAGGUUUGAUCAUGCUACCUACGCUCCAUGCAUUUUCUUUUCAAACUGAGACAUACUCUCACAUGCUCUACAGGCUGUAAAAUAUCAGUGUGCAGAUCCUAAAUUCAGUUUUUUGGGUCCAAUGGGAAAUACGUCAGAAACACAAAACUUUAUCAAUGUAAGAUCUCUGCAGAAUAGUGACAAGGUUAGUUUGGGUGAUGUGAAGAAUAACCUAACAGUUGGAGGGGAAUGUCUUCUGUCCAUUAAGCCUCUUUUUUUUUUUAAGUAGUAAGCUCAAUUGUAAAGUUAAGUCAGUUGUUGCAUGUGCUAAUAGGUCUGUAUUUAAUUUUCACUUUUGCUUGUUAUUGGCUACAUGUGGUCUUUCAAAAGAAAAUAAAGUGAUUUUUGUUAAAUGAUGACAUUUGAGUUUGCGAUAAACGCUGAAUAGCUGUUUUUAAAUAUG